AUGGAAUGGUUUAUAGGUGUAUGUGUGGGAAUAUUGUUUAUGAGUUGGUGGUUUUUGAUGAAGAAGAAGAAGAAUAAUGAAAAAAUUCCAAAAGGGAAUUCAGGUUGGCCUUUAAUUGGAGAAACUCUUGAUUUCAUUGCUUCAUGUUAUUCUUCUCGCCCUGUCACCUUCAUGGAAAAUCGCAAGUCUAUCUAUGGGGAUGUGUUUAAGACAAACAUUUUGGGAAGCAAUUUGAUCAUUUCAACAGACCCAGAAGUGAACAAGGUGAUUCUGCAUAAUCAAAAGAACAUUUUCAUCCCUGCUUAUCCAAAAUCAAUUAGAGAAUUAAUGGGAGAACACUCUAUACUCCAACUGAACGGUAUUAAGCAUAAGAAACUGCAUUCACUCAUUGCAGUGUUUCUUAAAUCUCCACAAUUUAAAGCAAGAAUCACCACAGACAUUGAACAUUCUGUCAAACAAUGCUUAGCUUCUUGGACCAACAAAACAAUAUACAUUCAAGAUGAAGUAAAAAAGAUUACAUUUCCAAUUUUGAAUAAAGUUCUGAUGAGUGUUGGUCCUGGUGAAGAUUUGGACUUGUUGAAAAGAGAAUUUGAAGCAUUCAUCAAAGGGUUGAUUUGCUUGCCCAUCAAGUUUCCAGGAACAACACUAUACAAAUCCUUGAAGGCAAAGGAAAGGAUGAUGAAGUUGGUGAGGAAGAUAGUGGAGGAAAGAAAGAAGCAAAUAAUGGAUAGUAAUGAAGUGAAUGAUGUUGUGGAUGUACUAUUAAGGGGCAAGGAUGAGUUAUCCCAAUCUAGCUCAAGUUCAAACUUGGAGUUGGAAAUGAUUAGCCAAAACAUCAUAGAGAUGAUGAUUCCAGGGGAAGAGACCCUUCCUACAGCCAUGACAUUGGCCCUUAAAUUCCUAUCUGAUUCACCUCUUGCUCUAUCCAAACUUAUGGAGGAGAACAUGGAACUGAAGAAGCAGAAGACUGAUAACUCAGAAGAUUAUACAUGGACUGACUACAUGUCACUACCAUUUACUCAAAAUGUCAUCAGUGAAACACUUAGAAUGGCCAAUAUAGUCAAUGGAAUUUGGAGGAAAGCAGUCCAAAACGUAAAAAUUAAAGGGUACCUAAUUCCAAAGGAUUGGAGUGUUAUGGCAUGUCUUAUCACUGUUCACUUGGACUCAAAGAACUAUGAAAACCCUUUUAAGUUUGAUCCAUGGAGAUGGGAGAAAAUUGAAGUUUUGGCUAGUAACAUCCGCUUUGCCCCAUUUGGUGGUGGACAUAGACUAUGCCCUGGGUUAGAACUUUCUAGGCUAGAGCUCUCUAUUUUCUUUCACCAUCUUGUUACUACAUACAGAUGGGUCGCUGAGAACGAUGAAAUAGUAUAUUUUCCAACUGUUAAGAUGAAGAAGAAGCUCCCAAUUAGAGUUCAACCCAUUAACUCUUGA